AGUGAAAAUUCAACUGGUUGUCUUUUGCGCUCUCUUUCCUUCAAAAAACGCAUUCUUUCUCCCUUUGACCUAAGAGGACGAAGGAGGAGAAAAAGAACGUAGCUCAUGGCAGGCGUUGCGGAGUCGGCUGUGCUGGUGUCCUCGGCGGGGGCGGCGGAGGCGAUCACAAAGUUGAAGCGCGUCCAGGGCCCCUCCUCAGACUUCCACAAUCCGCAGCACGUCUUGAGCUUUUACCCUUCGCUUGGCUUUCAGGCGACCCACUUCGGCCGCGCGUGCCACAUUGCCGAGGUGAUGCUGCGCCGCCAGGCUCCGUCGAAGGUGUACCUCAUCCAAGACGGGAAAUUUGUAUUAAUGCCACGCGACAACGGCAAUGGUAACGGCAGCAACGAAGGCGAAGAUAAGACAGAAAUGGAGACUGAAGGGCGGCAGAAACGACUGCACAGUCGCGAUGACCACGUCUACCCGAAUCUGUUUCUUGGUAUAACGGCGAACUUGCUGGGUACGGGCUGCCGUGAAGCGGUGCGGUUCCUCGUGCAGGAAGGUGUCGUGCCGAACCCGACCGCGCUGAGCCGUGAGGAGGUGCCGCCGCCGCCGGAGGACGCAUCAGAAGACCAACUUAUGUUUGCUCGGCUCAAAAAAGAAUACUGUGACAUCUACGGCACAAGCGCGCUGGCCGACGAGGCGGUACCGCCCUUUCGUAGCUUUCUCUGCUGCGUCGUGGUGAGCGGCGGUGGCGUGGAGCACGACGUGCGCUGCGCCUGUGCACCGUACAGGGUGACGCACUACGCGAGCGAAGAAGCUGCACCGGCAGCCCCUGCUUCGAGGAGACUAAAGAAGAGAACUUCUGCCUCGGCCUCGGAAUUGGAGCGGACCUCGAGCACAAACGCCCACUUUGGCAACGUCUCGUACCCUUCCCAGGGCACGGCAGAGUCGGCGGUCUUUGACGCUGUGAUGAAGCUGUUUGCACAGCGCCUGUGCGCGCGUCAGCAACGCCUGCGCGCCGCCGCCGCCGCCAAACCCCCUCCAGAAAAGUACCUGGACGUGUGCAGCUGGUCCGUGACACCGAGCGAGGUGUGGGCGCUUCUGGGACUCUGGUUGGUGGACAUCAUGACGGAGGCGCUGCACACCCUGCAACACCAGACAAGCGACAAUGGCGACGGCGGGGAGACGACGAAGGAAACAAGCGCCGAGAACGCUGCGAACGCGGAAGCCGCUCCACACGCCGGAGCACACCGGUGUGCGUCGUGCCGCGCGGCUGCAUUGCACAAGGCACGCACCACCGUCGUGUACUGGGCUGCCGUACAGCAGGUGCCUCUGUACAGUCCUUCCUUUGUGGACGGCGAUAUUACUUCCUACCUGGUUACUGCGCAGCCUUGCACGUCGGAUACGACCACGGAGGAGCCACUGCAGCUGGAUCUCGUGCGUGACAUCCACUCCAUCAACAAGCUGGCCAUGCAGAGCAAGAAGACGGGCAUGCUGAUCUGCGGCGGCGGCGUCGUGAAGCACCACAUCUGCAACGCGAACCUCAUGCGCAAUGGGGCAGACUACACUAUUAUUUUGAACAACGGGCAGGAGUUCGACGGCUCAGAUGCGGGCGCGAAGCCGGAGGAGGCGCUGUCGUGGGGCAAGGUGCGGAUGGAGGGGGAGUUUGUGAAGGUGUACGGUGAGGUCACCACUUAUUUGCCGCUGCUGGUGGCGCAGGUAUUUGUGCCGGCGGCGCGUCGGCGCAACCGGCAGCACCCAGCCUCCGCGUCCGUCGCACGGAGCCGGCAAGAAGCUGAUGACGAGCACCGCGGAACGAAUGCCAAUCCUACGAGAAAGAGAGGACGAAGGCGUGGGGCGCGUCGUUCGCGACAUGAAGAAGAGGCGGAAGCUCCGUCCUCCAGUACCACGCCGGCACUUCUUGCCGAAGGGGAGAAGGUAGAGGACGCGUAG